CAUCCAUCCAUCGGUUGGUUAGUCAGCCCCCACUUACCUCACCGGUGGGUGACCCACCAACACGAACCAACCAACGAGAAAAACAGAGAGCCCUCUCCUCUCUCUCUCGGCCACACGCACCAAUCGCAUCGUCUCGCAUCACGCGGCAUCGUCAGCCGGCUGACCGCUGGCCGGGAGAACGAACACCAUCCAUCUCCACCCAUCCUAUCACCUACUAUGGAAGCUGCACGCACCGUACGAAAAAGGGUACACGGUGUCUACCCACCCACAACACCCACACACUGUGGCACACCGUGUUCGCUUAUUCAUUCCCCAGCGAUCUCUCUGAGACGUACGGGGGUUCGACCCUUCCUUCAGCUUUUGCUAUCAAUGCUAGACUACACACAAAUGCAUCCAUGUGUUCCUUCCUCGCCCCUUGCUUGUCUGUCAGGCAGACAGGUAGGCAGGCAGUAUUGACAAAAUCUACACAGGCAGGCAGCCAGCCAGCCAUGUCCGGCACGGCCCCCUCUCUCCUCUCCCUCGCUCCAUUCCCCUGUCUGUCUGUCUGUCUAUCUGUCUGUGUAGAUGAAUUGUUAGGUGUACAUGACAGGUGCCGGUCGGUCAAAAAUCUCCCACCCCACCCCACCCCACCGCCCUCUCUCCUCUCCCCUCUGACGUACGUCAAAACAUGGAGCGUCCCCCCCGCCACUCCCCGCCACUCCCCUGCUGUCUUCGCCUCAUGACGUGGUGCACCUCCGGCGGCCGCCGCCUCGGGUGAGUGUUGUGCGGUGGCCAUGAGUGCCGCCUCGUUCUCAUCCCCCGCUCCCGCAGCCAUCUUGACACGUCUCUGAACUGUUCCCGGAACAUGUUGGGGAGCAGGAAGCCGACUGAAGAUGACUGCUUGUCGUGCUGCUGCUGCUGCUGCUGGUGUCUUGAAGAACCAUCGUUGCUGUUGCUGUUGCUGCUGGCCUGUUGGUGCUGGUGGCGUUGAUGGGCAUCGUUAGCUGAUGGUGUGGUGGUGGCCUUGUCGGUGUCGGUGCUGCCCGCGCCGCCAGAGACCGCAUGAGGGAUGAUUGGUGGGUCCCGUGAGGACGGGAACAGAGAGGGCAGCCUCCUCUGUGCCCCUGCUGCCGUGGUGUUGACCCUCUCGCUAUCUCUCCUCUGCGGCCUGAGAAAGGACACCACCCGGCUCCCCUGCUGUGUGUCGUUGCCGUUGACGACCGACUUGGUCACACCGGCCCCCCUGAAGCGGAAGCGAGAUGUGUUUGUGGGCGAUAGGGGUUCGAUGAGCAGCUGCAGGACGGUCUCUGUGAGGCCGAUCCGCUUCCUCUCCCCCUGCGUCUCGUCCCACUUCCAAAUGGGCUGCCGUCGGGUGAGGAAGGCGCCCAGCGAUCCCCGCUCCUGCAUGGUCAAGUUGACGUGGUCGAACAGGGGCAGCAGCAGGGGGAAAGACGUGGAGGUGUUGGUGUUGGCUGCUGUGGGUGUGCUGGAUAGGAGGAUGUCCUCGAGCCGCCACUGUGUGGUGCCUGUGCCGGGUGGGAUCAGCCACCGCCACGUGGUCGUGUUGGCAGGCUCAUCGGACGGCACCAACGACAGACGGAACCUACAGGGAGCGGUCCGAUCCAUGCAGCCAUUGGCUCGCGGCACAGCAAGCUAAGCUAAGCUUGUGAAGGGGAGGAAGGGUGUGGGUGUGUACCGUGCUUUCUCUGCGCUCCUGAGUAUCCUCAUGAGGUUCACGCGCAUGCCCCGAACGAAACGGUCCUGGUCGCUAGACACUGCACAAACCACACAUCACAUGUGGUACCUGGUGUCCGUGUCGUACGUGUGUGUGGUGUGGCCCACUGACUGACUGACUCACUCACCCUUGACAUUGGCCCAGUCGAAUGCCUCCUUGCCGGCCAGGAAGUCAUUCUGCGCUGCGAUUUCGCGACUGGCCCCUGCCAGGUACCUCACGAGGUCUCCGUGUCGGCCCCGCCCCAGCCAGGAGUGCAGCUCAGCCAGCCGACGAUCCAACAUACCCCUACACGACGUGUAGUCAGUGUACCCACGCGCAGAGCACAAAUGUGUGGCAGUCGAUGCGAUGCGUGAGUGUGUGAGUGUGUGAGAGCUUUGCAUUGCACGUGCCUGAAGUCUUGCGCCAUGGCUUUGGGUACGGUGGCGGCCUCGAUGAAGCGGGUCGUUGCUGCCUCCCAUGACAAGGCGAACCUGUGUGGGGUGGGCCCAGAUGCGCAGGGGGGAAGGACACAGAUGCGUGGCGGUUUGGGGUGCUGUGCAUAUCUUAUCUAUCAUGUGGGAUACCUACCUUUCGGACUGUGAGAGCGGCACUGGAUUGUUCUUUAGCGCCCACACCAGAUUGGCUGCAAACUCCUGUCAAGGCCACCACACACACCACACACACACAGAUUCGCCCAACCUCCAUCACCAUCCCAUCUCCCCCGUGGCAGCCACGGACCUCUUUGUCUCUGUAGGUCAGGCAGUUCCUGAACUGCUCAAAGAAGGUGUUGGACGGGUGUCGCGGGAUGAUGAUGAACUUGCCCAUGGCCAGGGCCUCUGCAGAGGUGGUGCACAGCACCUCGCUGAUCGACGGAUUCACAAACACCUGAAUGACAGACAAAAGAUCGCGUGUGUGUACGCAGGAAAGCAUCCAGAGCAAGAAGUGUCUCGAUUGCCGCAUCGCAUGUGUGUGAUGUGAGGCUGGCUGACCUUGUAGUCUUUGCAGUGAGCGUGGUCGACGCCCGGGAAGAAGUGUACAGGCACCUUCAUGCGGUGGGCCGUUUGCUGCAACCGACCGACGAUCACAUUAAUCACACACCACACCCAGACAGAAACAGAAAUAAAUGCGUCUCUGUGCUGUGGAUGGCCUCUCCCUCCCUCCCUCCGUCCCUCAGUAAGUCACUUUGAUGCUGUGCUCGUCAGGUCCGCUGCCGUACACAUCCACACUGACGUGCCCCGCGCCGUUAGCACGCCGCCUCGUGUACUUGAGCAGAUCAAACAACAUGUCAUGGCUGCAUACCAGACACACAGACAGCAGUACAAUAAAUACGAUAUGCAUCCCUGCCCGUGCUUGGGUCACUGACCCCUUUGCCCAGAGCGCCUUUCCGAUGAAGUAGGCCCCCUUGCUGAAUCCCCUGACGGCCGCCUCGUCGCCUAUCUGGAGGAAGUCGUCCCGCACGCCGUGGACGUUGCAGGUGACCUCCUUCUCGGGGGCGAACCGCUGGAGUGUGUCCGAGAGCUUGAUGAUGCGGUCGCAGUAGGAGCGGCACAUCCACUGGUUCAUCACAUACAGAAAUGGCUCCUUGAUGAAACCAGCCGUCUGAUCGAUGAGAUUAAUGCACACACACACACACACACACACAUGCACCACACGGUGGAUGCAGUGCAGAUGGCGGUGGGGGAGGGUGGGGGAGGCAUCCCCCCCAUCUAUAUAUGCCAUCCAUCUGUAGUGUACGUACCUCUGUGCGUGCGUAUUUGACGUAGUUGGUGUGGAUGACGCCGACGACGUGUUUGAACUUGGCGGGCCACGAGGGGAUGGAGUCACCCACAGCUCUGCAGACACCGCACCGCACCGCACCAAACCCAUACACACAACACACGUGAGUGACGUGUAGCCUAGCCCCAGCCACGUGACGUGAAUGUGUGAACGAACGGACGCACCGACACGCUGGUGCGUGUGGAUGAAUGGAUGGAUGGGUACGUACCUGUACCAGUUGAGGUGUUCAGGUUCCUCGAGAAUGCAGACGUCGGCCUCCUCGUCGGGGAUCAGCUGAGUUAUGUCGCCCAUCGGGAAUAUACUACCGAACUCGCUGUGAUACUGCAUAUAAUAUACAGCCACAGACACCCACAGACAGAACGACGAAACCAACGAAUGAAUACGACCAGAUAGCUUAACAUAGUCCAUCUGUCUGCGUGUUGGCCUGGCUCCCCUCCCGUUCAUCCCUCCCACCCUGCUGCGGUAGAACUUGAUCUGCAGCUCUUCGGCCUCCUCAGCCAUGCCCGCACUCUCAGACAGCCACUCCUUCACAUACCUAUAGAUAGCACCAACACAACACACGCAGGUCAGUCAGGUGAUGGGUUGGCUGUCAUGUGAUUGAUGUCUCUGUAGCUAUCUAUCUAGUAUCUAUCUGGUGGAGGGAGGCUGUUAUGUUGCUCACCCACCUGGCCUGUUCGUCCUGUGUCUUGAAUCGUUUGCCCUUUGGGAAGACGAUGCCCUGCUGGUCCUCCUCCAGCCACGGCAGCAGCAACGUCACAUACCUACACACACACACACACGUUUGCCCCUGUACACAUACGGCCACACUCGCCCCUUCCCUGUCUGUCUGUGCAUAUGCACUAUACUUGGAGGGUCUCCCCCUAGUGAGGUAUGCUGCCCUGAGCAGUGGGUUGACGGCCGUGCCGGUGCGCCACGGGAGGCUGGCCGUCGUCACCACACAUAUCCGCCGGUUGGGGCUCGACAUGUCGCUGCUCGGCGCUAUCUCGCCCGUCCACAGCACCGUAUCUGCAUCGCAGCCGUCCAGUCCACACAUUCAAUGAAUGAAAUGAACAGCUGUCGUCUGAGGAUAUGCCUACCAGAGGUCCCCUCAGUGCCCAUCUCCUCCAGCCACGGCAGCAGCGGUCCGGCCGAGAGGGUCGCCGGCCGCCUGGCGUCGUUGAGUGCCGUGGACAGGAGCUCGUUGAAGAGGGUGGCGAUGCUCCGCGUGCUCAUGUUUUUACUCCCGCCGCCCUCCCGCGACAGCCAGUCGAACUCAAUCUUGCCCCACUGGUCGUUUGUCGCGGUGCUGCUGAUGUUCCACAGGUCGCCGUAUUGCUCUCCCAGCAGCGUAGCCAUGAAGGUGUUGGGCCCGAUGAAGCUCUGUGUGAGUGACUCCCACGUGAGGUUGGGCAGCAGCUCGCUGCCGUCCAUCUCCCCGGUGAGCAGGGGGCGGGAGAACAAAGUGGGUGGCGACGGGGUGUAGGUGGCGUUGCCUGCCCUGGCCCUGUCCUGUCGCGACUUGUCGAAGCCAUGGGAGAGGAAGGUGAUGGCGUCGCUGAUUGCCCACACGUCGUCGCCCGAGUCGCCCUUCCGCGCCUUACUCACCGACCAGUUGCCCGCCAGUCGCUCAAACAAGUCGUCCCCGCGCCGCCCGCUGCGUUGGUCGUCGGGGCUCAUGACGGCAUUUAGCAGGGUGGUCAUGCCCUGCAGGCUCACGUCGCUGAAGUUGAACCGAGAGACCAACGACACGCCCGUGUUGUUCUGCGUCGGCUCCACCGAAAAGCGGAACUUGACCAGGUCGGCAUCGUUGGUGGUCGAGGGGGAGGAAGACGUGGACGUGGAGGGAGCUGUCGAAUCAGGAUGGUCACUAACAUGGUGAGAAGACGGCUGAUGGUCGCCCCUCCUGCUUGCGUGUAGCGGCACUCCCGGCCGGCUGUGGCUGUGGCUGGUCAGAGGGAGAUGUUUGGACAAGGCAUUUGACCUCCUGCCCCUCCUGGUGGCCGUGUCUUGGUCCUGCUUGCACAGCAGCGCCCUCUUGCUGCUCCUGGCCAGACGCGGCUUGGUCAGGAACUUGAGCACGCUCUUGCGCAUCGUGGCCGUCGUGCGCCGACUGGGCGGGGAGGAGGGUGAUGUGGACGUGCCGUCGCCCCACGUGACGAACACGGGAUGGUCGUGUCGUGCGGUGUGGGUGUGGGCGGCACGCGCUAAGGCCAUGAAUAGGGUUGAGACGAGGGGAAGGCGGACGGGGAAUGCUGCCAUCGUCGAUGACUCAUAAAGCAUCUCCCGGUGUCUUCAUGAAGUCAUGACCUCUCUGAUCCGCACGGCAGAUCAGCGUUGUCGUCUUGUUGCUCUUGUCUUGUUUUCGCCGGGGUUCCCUGCUCGCGGUUGCUCCACCAACAAAACUGCCACAAAAGAUCUGCAAGAG